UGAAGAUCACAGUGCAGUUCCUGAGGAGAAUGAAGCAAGAGGAGCUGGCUGACUGUCUGCAGAACAGAAUUUGUGCUGCAGUAUGCCGACAUAAACUCAAAUCUAAUCUGAAGGAGAAGUUCCAGUGUCUUUUUGAGGGGAUCACUAAAGCAGGAAACCCAGCUCUUCUGAAUCAGAUCUAUACACCACUCUACAUCACAGAGGGAGGAACUGCAGAGGUCAAUGAUGAACAUGAGGUUAGACAGAUUGAAACAGCAUCCAGGAAACCAACCACACCAGAAACAACCAUCAAACAAGAAGACAUCUUUAAAGCCCCACCUGUAAGAGAUGAACCAAUCAGAACAGUGAUGACAAAGGGAGUGGCUGGCAUUGGAAAAACAGUCUUAACACAGAAGUUCACUCUGGACUGGGCUGAAGACAAAGCCAACCAGGACAUAGACUUCACAUUUCCAUUCUCUUUCAGAGAGCUGAAUGUGCUGAAAGAGAAAAGGUUCAGCUUAGUGGAACUUGUUCAUCACUUCUUUACUGAAACCAAAGAAGCAGGAAUCUGCAGGUUUGAAGAGUUCCAUGUUGUGUUCAUCAUUGAUGGUCUGGAUGAGUCUCGACUUCCUCUGGACUUCCACAACAAUGAGAUCCUGACUGAUGUUACAAAGUCCACCUCACUGGGUGUGCUGCUGACAAACCUCAUCAGGGGGAAAUUGCUUCCCUCUGCUCGCCUCUGGAUAACCACACGACCUGCAGCAGCCAAUCAGAUCCCUCCUGAGUUUGUCGGCAUGGUGACAGAGGUCAGAGGGUUCACUGACCCACAGAAGGAGGAGUACUUCAGGAAGAGAUUCAGAGAUGAGGAGCAGACCAGCACCAUCAUCUCCCACAUCAAGACAUCACGAAGUGUCCACAUCAUGUGCCACAUCCCAGUCUUCUGCUGGGUCACUGCUACAGUUCUGGAGGAUGUGUUGAAAAGCAGAGCUAGACGACCACUGCCUAAGACCCUGACUGAGAUGUACAUCCACUUCUUGGUGGUUCAGUCCAAACUGAAGAACAUCAAGUAUGAUGGAGGAGUUGAGAUGGAUCCACACUGGACUCCGGAGACCAGAAAGAUGAUUGAGUCUCUGGGAAAACUGGCUUUUGAGCAGCUGCAGAAAGGCAACCUGAUCUUCUAUGAAUCAGACCUGACAGAGUGUGGCAUCGAUAUAAGAGCAGCCUCAGUGUACUCAGGAGUGUUCACACAGGUCUUCCAAGAGGAGAGAGGGCUGUACCAGGACAGGGUGUUCUGCUUCAUCCAUCUGAGUGUUCAGGAGUUUCUGGCUGCUCUUCACGUCCAUCUGACAUUCAUUAACUCUGGAGUCAAUCUGCUGGCAAAAGAACAAACAUCAUCCUGGUGGUCUAAAGUGCUCACACGCAAAUGGGAACAUAUAUACCAGACUGCUGUGGAUGUGGCCUUGCAGAGUCCAAAUGGACACAUGGACUUGUUCCUCCGCUUCCUCCUGGGUCUUUCACUACAGACCAAUCAGACUCUCCUUCGAGGUCUGCUGACGCAGACAGGAAGCAGUUCACAGAUUACCCAGCAAACAGUUGAGUACAUCAAGAAGAAGAUCAGUGAGAAUGUGUCUGCAGAGAAAAGCAUCAAUCUGUUCCACUGCCUGAAUGAACUGAAGGAUCACUCUCUAGUGGAGGAGAUCCAACAGUACCUGAAAUCAGGACGUCUCUGCGCAGAUAAACUGUCUCCUGCUCAGUGGUCAGCUCUGGGGUUCAUGUUAUUGUCAUCAGAAAAAGAUCUUGAUGUCUUUGACCUGAAGCAAUACUCUGCUUCAGAUGAGGCUCUUCUGAGGCUGCUGCCAGUGGUCAAAGUUUCCAGAAAAGCUCUGUUGAGUUGCUGUAACCUGUCAGAGAGAAGUUGUGCAGCUCUGGCCUCAGUUCUCAGGUCCCACUCCUCCAGUCUGAGAGACCUGGACCUAAGUAACAACGACCUGCAGGAUUCAGGAGUGAAGGAGCUCUGCAGUGGACUGGAGAGUCCGCACUGUACACUGGAAACUCUCAGGCUGUCUGGCUGCCUGAUCACAAAGAAAGGAUGUGCAUCUCUGGUCUCAGCUCUGAACUUCAACCCCUCCCAUCUGAAGGAGUUGGACCUGAGUUACAAUCAUCCAGGAGACUCAGGAGAGAAGCUACUUUCUGCUAAACAAGAGGAUCCAAAUUGGAGACUGGACACACUCAGGAUGGACCAUGGUGGAUCACAGUCAAUGAAAUCUGGUCUGAGGAAGUAUGCCUGUGAACUCACCCUGGACACAAACACAGCCAACAGAAGACUCGUACUGUCUGACCACAACAGAAAGGUGACCAUGGGGAGAGAGAAGCAGCCAUAUCCUGAUCAUCCAGAGAGGUUUGACUACUGGAAACAGAUUCUGUGUACAGAUGGUCUGACUGGUCGCUGUUACUGGGAGGUUGAGUGCAAAGGACAGGUCUAUAUAGCAGUGACUUACAAAGGAAUCAAGAGAGGAGAAGGUGAUGGCAGCUGUCUUGGGAGAAACAAUCAGUCGUGGAGUCUGGGAUGCUCUGAUGGAAGUUACUCCAGCCUGCACAAUAACAGAAGAGCAUCCUUCCAUUGCCCACCCCCAAAAAGAGUUGGCGUGUACCUGGACUGGUCUGCUGGCACUCUGUCCUUCUACAACGUGUCCUCUGACAAGCUUAUCCACCUUCAAACAUUCCACACCACAUUCACUGAGCCGGUCUACCCUGCUUUCAGGGUUAAGACUGAACCAUUUGACUCAUCAGUGUAUUUGUGUGACAUAUAGAAAAGCUGAAGUCCAGAUCAGACACAGUGGGUUUUGCUGGUUGCACAAUGUGAGUAUACUA